AUGUUGUUUGUCAUUUUUCAGGCGAUCAAGGAACCCGCAGACCUGAUCCAGGCGUACGUGGAAGCGACCCUCAUGGUCUCCGGCCUCUCGAAACAGAGCCCAGAAGCCCGCAACAUCUCCAGACAACUAUACCAGCUUUUGUUGAAGAGAGCUGGACCGCAGCAUGCCACAGCGUGGUUACUGGCUAACACCAUGUUGGGAGGUCUGGGCCUUAUAAAGUCGGAAAAUAAGGAUUACAAAAUCCGUUGGCACCUACCCUCAUGUUACUCGGUCCUGGGUGACCAGAUCGAAGCGGAAUACUUUCCCAACGCCUUGAGAGACACACUGCGGUUCUUCAUUGCUUCGAAAAUGGCAACACUGGCCGAGGAUACCAGAGCCGAAGUGCAAAAACAUAAAUCUUUGAUACAAUAGAAUUUUGCUUUUCGACUUUUUUGGGUUGUUUUAUUGUUAACCAGCGGUUAUUGCUUUGGAACGAAUUUAUGAAAACAUGGAAA